AACCAACGUGCGACGUGCAAGGCUGUAUACGUCGCACGUGUUAUUCGUUGACCGGACGCCUCGAUCAAUCUUGGAAAAUUAGUUUUACGCUGGCAGUGAGGCUACAUUAAUCCGUUCACACGACGCCGCGAGCCUGUGGUUGUGUUUGUGGUCUGUAAGGGACUGGCCAUAAAACCGCCUGCAGCGUGGCGCCGUUUGAGAGGAGUUUCGCACGCGCUUUCGCACAACUAACACACCAUGGUGACAGACAGUAAACACCGUCAAAUUUCGCUGUGUUGCCAUAUUCGCCAUCUUCUGAGCUCCGACUGGCCCACAGGGCUGCCACAGCAUCUCUGAUUGGUCGAAGGUGCCUUUAUUGCGCUGAGUGCGAUGGCGUUCAAGACCCUGAGUCUGUCUUAGAGCCGAAUCGCCGAAUGCGGCUCGUUGCUGCAGAAAAUAACGUUCCACGCAGGCACUUCGACGUGACGCCCGGCGAGUUGGGCAUGAACCCGCCGUCCAUCGCGUGGUUCGUCUGUCUCACCUUCACCAUGUUCUCGCUCACGCUGGCUGUGCUUUUCAUCGCCUACUACGUCAACAGGCCAGGGUCCUACGUGCCACCUGUCACGAACGUCACCAAGAAGCCCACAGCACCACCAAAAAAUGACACCAUCAAGCACCAGGCCCGGUAUGAAGCUGGUCUUCCUGAUGACUACAGGACAGAUGACCCAGUUGACAUCGAUGUCCUUUACAAAUUAAAGUAAAACUCACUUCAUCUUUUCCAACAAAUGGAGUUCCUUGUCUGCCUUCAUGUAACCAUUGUAAAGCUGGCGUUAGGAACUAUAUUCCCAAUGCAUGUACAAUGAACAGAGAGCCCAAGAUGUACUAAAAAAAAAAAAAAAAACUAACCAUG